AGAAAAUAAUUUCAAUUGAAUCAGAAUGAAAUAAAAGAAACGAUAUCAUAUUAAUCUUUUAUUAAGUAAUCGUUGUUAAGACACGAAAUAAUGAAGUUUUCAUUUCAACAUAGAGCAUUUUAUUGCUAUCUUGGAAUGAGUAUAUGGAUAUUUUUCUUGAUAACCGUAGUUUACAAGUACAUAUCAGUAGGGGAAGACACAGCAGCUGUAAAGAUAGCACCCCAAGAGUACAUAUCAAAGAGUGAUGCUAAAUUUAAAAGGAUAUUUCUUAAAGCAUGUAAUCCAGCAGACAGUAUAGUACGAGGUUCAGAAGGUGUUGUAGACAGUGAGACAUGGUUACUGCAAGGUAUAUUAGUUCUGACAAGGCACGGAGACAGAGGCCCCCUAACACAUCUUAAGGGUGGUGACAAGCUGCCUUGUGAUACUCUACCAGUUUCAACACUUCUCAAAAGUUAUGAGGAGUUUGUGUCUAACGCGAGUGUGGGUGGUCGCGCGUGGUGGGUGUCUGGCCCUGGACCUUUCCAUAAUUUCCCCUCGCUGCCGCCGCGCGCCGCCGCCACACGCUGCGCCCUUGGUCAGCUGACUCCCAGUGGAUUGUUGCAGAUGCUCACCGUUGGUAAUAUCUUACGAGAGGCAUAUGGAGAUAAAUUAGGUCCUGAUAUGGAGUUAACUGGCAAAAAGGAAACAGGUGUGGCAUACACAACGCGAUACAGACGUACAUUCCAGUCGCUCCAGGCUUUAGCUUGGGCCAGCUCCGGUAACGCGGCGGCGGCGCGCGAGGCGCACAGUGUCGCUUUCUGCUUUAGAGACUGCGCGUGCGCAGCUCAGCAUGUCUUAGCCAGGAAAAUAAAUACUCAGUUAAAAACAAGAUUAGAAUCUCGACCAGCGAUAAAAGAUCUGAUUAUAAAAUUAUCUAAAGUACUGUUUGAAUCACAAGAACACAUAGAUGCGGAUGUUGUUAAAGAUGCAUUGCUCGCAUACGUGUGUCACGAAGCUCCUUUACCUUGUGUAGAGAAAGCAAAGAAAUCAUCAAAAGACAAAAUUGUUAUGAGAAAAAAACAAAGAAAUUAUCGUGAAAAUCUUUCUUCUAGAAAUUUAUUAGAAGUUGAUAUAGAUACGCUGAAUAUGGAAUUGGAUUAUAUUAACAAUCAAUUAGAUUUUAACAAUGAAGUUGGAAGAAAAGCAAGAGAUAUAAUUGGUAAAUAUUAUGACAGUAAAGAUAAAAAAGCUCCAUUAGAUUUUGAUGCUCAAAUGGAAAGAGAAAAACUACUUUAUUACCAACAAAGAUAUUUAGACAAUGUUGAUGGUUACGAAGAUGUUGUAAUAGUUAAAAAGAAUUUGGAUGCAGAUUUCAAUUUUCCAAACGACGCAAGAAUGGAUACGGAUUUCGACGAAGACUAUAAGGAACCAACGCCGGAGAAUACUGAAGACUUUUGCAUCCAAAAGGAACAUGUAAUGUCACUUUUCUCGUAUCUAGAAUGGAGUUAUAAACAAGAUAUGAAGAAUUUACAUAACAGAAGACGAGGUUUACUUCACGCGUAUGGUUUGAUACAUAACAUAGUACAAAAUAUGAUUCGUAUGAUAUCAGAAAAUAAACCGAAAUAUAUUCUUUAUUCGGGACAUGAUAAGACAUUGCAAGCUUUAAUACUAGCAUUAGGUUUGAAUAGCUACCAACAUUACAACAUACAAUACGCUUCUAGAAUGAUCUUUGAAGUAUACAGAAAGAAGGAUUUACGCGAUGAAUUUAAAUUCACUAAAAGAAAAGCGAUCGCUCAAGAUUUUUAUUUCCGUAUGGUUUAUAAUGGAGAGGAUGUAACGAAUAAAUUAAUUUUUUGUAGGAAUAAGCAAAAUAUUGUUAUGAAAGUUGUUGACCCAGUAGAUAAUGUCAAAAUAUAUAAUACGUAUCUUUGUCCAAUAGAAAAUAUUGUUCGUUUUAUUCAUGAUGAUUAUUUUGCCAGUUUUAAUGCUAGUAAUUUUAAAGAUGCGUGCUCGAUAUAUGGAACUGGUAAACACGUGAUUUAAAAUAAAGAUGGCCGCUAUGCCAUAGAUUAAAAAUUGUAAUUACAAAAUGUUGCCAUAAAAAUUAAUUUCUCGUUAAUCGCACAAUCAGUAAACAUACGUUCCUUUAAGAGAUAUCUUCAAUUAGUCUUAGUAGAUCUCAGUUUAUUAUAUUUUGUGAUAUUUUAUCUCUCAUUAUUCCACUUUCGAGGUACUUACAUAUUAUAAUUGCUUAUGGUUAGUUUGAAAUAAUUUAUUGUGAUAUUUUUAACCUAGCUUCGCUAGUCGUUUGCCAUGGAUAUUAAAAAAAACUAAC